AUGAAUCACAAAGAACCUGCAACGGCGGAAGAAUCAAAGAACCUGCAACUGCGGAAAACUCAUAACCUCACCGUCGCCGCUAUUUUUCUCCAAGGAUCUAAUUCGUUCAGAAACACAGAAUUGAAUGUAAUGCCGAGGAGGGUUUGCUCUGGGACGAUCGUGGAAUGCCUCUCUGCGACAGAGAUGGAGAUGGAGAUGGGGAUGGAUUCAGAGUCUAAUCGACGAGUUCUGGCCAUGCAGAAGAGGUAUAUCAGCUACGAGACGCUGAAGAAGGACAUGAUACCUUGCGCGAGACCUGGGGCUUCCUACUACGACUGCAAUGCCUUGAGACAGGCGAAUCCCUACUCCAGAGGAUGUGAAGUUAUUACGCGCUGUGCUAGAGUCAGUAAUCAGAGGCCAUGA